AUGGAGCUUUUACUACUAGCAGCACUUUGCUGUACUGUACUCAGUGUACCAUUGCCAGUACUUGAAGAACAAUUCAACUUGCCCGGUUUCGCCUCUAAACAAGAGAAUCAUGAGGAGAAGUUCGUACGGGUCGAUAAAAACAAGGAUAAGAAAUUGGACUUUGGUGAAUUCCUACACAUGGAGCUCGCCUAUGUGGACGCCAAGAAGGAGGAAUUCGACUCGCUCGAUAAAGACAAGGACGGUAUCGUAACCCUGAAAGAGUAUGAGGAGCACUAUCACGGUGUGACCAGCCGAAGUGAAGCCAGGCGCAUCGAGUACUUCGCGAAUGUCUUCCAUGACUUCGACGAAGACUUCGACAUGGCGCUUAAUCAGCAAGAAUUAACAAGAGUCCUGGCUGAAAGAUUCCUUGUGAAACCUCGAGAGAAUUUCCCUAAACUCUUCUACACUUACGAUCAUGAUCACAGUGGUGGAUUGGACUUGACUGAAUACAUGAAAUUCGACGCCACCUUCCCAUUUGAGCAGACCGAUCCUAUCUCGAGUGAACUAUCAAAACUCCCACCAGCUUCAAAAUCCUCAUCAAAUCGCGGUCCCGCAUCUGCAUCUCACAUGGACGAGAACGAUAAACAAGCGAUCGCACAGGUGAUGGCUCAGGGCAAUCCAAUUUUGACGCAUUCGGCAGUGGCUCCCUUCGCAGUCGGCGGUGGCCUCCACCCAGUAGAACCGGGACCAUCUCGUCCAGCUGUGCCCAUAGUGAAACUUGCCAAGUUCGCGAAAUCAAUCUGA